CCCGGAAGGGGAGGCUGGAGAAGAGCGAGUGGGGGGGAAACCCGCGUAGUCGAGCGCUCUGCAACGCGGGGAGAUGCCUCCUCAGAUUGUGAGCACUGAUCACCAUGCCCUGUUGGCAGGUCAUUUUCAUGUUGAGAUGUCUGGAAGGAGAUGGGCCCAAGGUGGAGAUUAGGCGGCUGCUACUCGCUGGUGGCAUGUGGAGCUCCCUACCACCAUCCUGGUCCUGAGAUUCAGUGGCUGCCUGCUGUUUGUCAUCACCUCCAGCAUGGACAGGGGCAGCCUCCUGCCCUUCCAGCUCUGGUGUCCCAGGCCCUUUGGAACGUAUUCCCAGAACCAGCCACGCCCGCCUUCUGCUGCCCUCAAGCCUCCAGCCUGCUCUGACGCAAGCAGUGGGACUGAGCCUGACCAUGGACCUGCACACUCAGAGAACACGCCACCUGCCUUGGCUGCAGAAGCCCCCACCUCCCAGCAUGCUCCACUCCUCUCUUCAGCAGCUGCUGGUGAUGAGGGUCGAGUUCUGCUAGACACGUGGUAUGUAAUCAAGCCUGGAAAUACAAAGGAGAAGGUGGCCUUCUUUGUGGCCCACCAGUGUGGUGGAGGUAGCCGGGCUAGCUCUAUGAAGGUCAAAGGGCACUGGGGCAGUGAUAGCUCCAAAGCCAAGAGGAGGAGGCGCUGCCUUGAGCCCACCAAGGCUCCUCCAGACCCAGGGGGCAGAGGAGGAGCCCCUGCCACUGAGGGAGCCCCCACAGCAUCCGGGGAUGAUGUAGACCUGCUCUCCGUAGCAGAAAUGGUGGCCCUGGUCGAACAGAGAGCUGCCCUGGCCCUGCAGAGUUACCCACGCCCCAACACCCAAGCUCCGGUGGUCUUUGUGUCAGCUGAACAAGGAGGACCAGCCAAGGGGUUGGGGGCAGAGAGGCGGUCUGGUGGUGCUGACUGCAGCCGAGUGGCUGAAGCAGUGGCCCACUUUGAGGCCCAGCGGGACAGCCCUCCAACCAAGGGUCUGCGCAAGGAGGAGCGGCCAGGUCCUGGGCCUGGUGAGGUGCGUAUAGCUUUCCGCAUCUCCAAUGGCAGAGAGCCCCGUUCACCAGAUGGCAGUUUACCUACUUGGAGCGGAGGCCGGCCUGGUAGUCCUUACCCUGGUAGUCCCGGGCCUGGGGCUCGAGCCAAAGACAAAAUCACUUGCGACUUGUACCAGCUCAUCAGCCCCUCCAGGGAUGCCCUUCCCAGCAACAUGGAGUUCCUACUGGCCAGGGCCGACGAAGCCAGUGAAGGUGAGACACCAGCCCCGGCCAGGCCUGAGGAUACUCCCCCAGCUCCCCCUCCACCCCCUGCCCGAGACUGUGGAGCAUCGGGAUUCCAUGUGGAUGUGGUGGUAACGGGUGUAGUGGAUGAGUGCAUCUUCUUUGGCAAAGAUGGCACCAAGAACGUGAAGGAGGAGACUGUCUGCUUGACAGUGAGCCCCGAGGAGCCACCCCCACCUGGCCAGCUCUUCUUCCUCCAGUCCCGGGGUCCAGAAGGGCCUCCCGAGCCACCCCCAGCUGAUACAGCAAGCAUAGUGCCAGGCCCUGACGAUUCUGAGGGCACAACGGACACCUCCCUGUGCCGUCUGUACCGGCACGUGUCUCAUGACUUCCUGGAGAUUCGCUUCAAGAUCCAGCGUCUUCUGGAGCCACGGCAGUACAUGCUGCUGCUGCCUGAGCAUGUGCUGGUCAAGAUCUUCAGCUUCCUGCCCACCCGAGCCCUGGCAGCCCUUAAGUGCACCUGCCACCACUUCAAGGGCAUCAUCGAGGCUUUUGGUGUGCGUGCCACGGACUCGCGCUGGAGCCGGGACCCACUCUAUCGCGACGACCCUUGUAAGCAGUGCCGCAAGAGAUACGAGAAGGGGGACGUGUCGCUCUGCCGCUGGCACCCCAAGCCCUACCACCACGACCUGCCUUACGGACGUUCCUACUGGAUGUGCUGCCGCAGAGCUGACCGCGAGACCCCAGGCUGUCGCUUGGGCCUGCAUGACAACAACUGGGUGCUGCCGUGCAAUGGAGUGGGUGGGGGCCGCGCUGGCCGGGAAGAGGGGAGGUGAGGCCUGGGGCGAGGGGCACCUGCCGUUCCUAAGCCCUUCCUGCUUUGCUGGGGCUGGGGACCAGGAAUGAGUCGCCAGCCAACACCUCAGUCCAUCCAGCGUUCGUCUCCCACUAGAACUGGGACCAGGUUUGGGGGUUGACGGGUAAAUGCCCCGGUUGACCCCUAUUGGUUUUUUACUCUUCAGAGCCAGGCCAUGGACCCUCAGAGAGGGUUGUGGUGGUUGUGGUCUUUUUAUCAGCAUCUCAAUUGCGCCUCCAUCGAGCUCAACCCCUCCCCCCAGUCUCGCCACCCCAGGGACCCACCAGCAGGGAGCAGACGGCAGCUAAUUCUGGUAUCACCUGAGGCUUUCCCCAUUCUGUGCCUCCCCCAGUUCUUUGUCUUUGGGGCUGUGUUCACCCAAAGGGCUGCAGUCUGAGGUUGACGCCUCCAGGCCAUUAGCUUGCAACUCAAGUUGGCACUUUCUGGAGGCAGCCCCCAUUUCUAGAUGUUUUCCUCAUUAAAUGAAAAAAAUGGUUUCUUCCGAACUACCAGUCUCUCCCUCUCCCCCACAGGGAAGGGGGUGAAACCCCUGCAAGUGUAGAGACCCCUCUUUAAGCUCUUGUCACUGACUCCCCAGUAAAGCUGUGAAGCCCCUUGCCUCAGAGGGCAAGGACAGUGGGUGUGAAUUUCUAGGUAAUUCUUCCUUCCACUUGGGGUACUCAGUGAGGCAUUUGGGUCUCUGCCCCCCUCCCCAACAAGCCACAAGUUUCUUUAGAAUCUUUUGGUUAACUGUGGCACCUUGAUUUUUAGGCAGUUUGGUCCAAGAUUUUUUUUUUUGUAAUUUAUUUUUGAUUUUUGAAGGCAUGGUU